AUGAGACUUGGUGCUGGUGCCUUUUGCAAUGUAUACAAAGGUGCCAUCGAGGGGUCAGCACCUGUUUCUAAGGUCAAUCCAUCGAUAACAGCCUACAACACGUUUAGAGAUUGUAUGUGUGCUGUUAAGAUGCUCCCAUCUUCAGCAGACAGCACAGCACACUCUGACUUCUUGCAGGAAAUCAAUUUCAUGAAAUCACUCAAACACCAUCCAUACUUGGUAAGUAUGCUUGGUAUAAGCAUGGAUAACUAUGGCAAUCUCAUGCUGCUCAUUGAAUAUUGUGACCUCGGUGACCUCCUACAUUUAAUUCGAAAUAAAAAAGAAGAAAUUAUUACAAAUCAUUCAAACGAGCACACGAAACUACGAAUCACAGAUAUGAUACUUUUUGCUUGGCAGAUCAGCAAUGGAUUAGAAUAUCUAAGCAGUAUAGGAUGUGUUCAUCGUGAUGUCGCUGCACGCAAUGUAUUUGUUACCUCAAAUUCUAUCUGUAAGCUCAAUAUUUUCAUUGCUUUCAGAUGGUCAUAUGGAGUAUUAUUAUAUGAAUUGUUUUCAUUUGGUGAAAUACCGUAUACUUUAUUUCAAGCAUCUGACAUUCUCGAGUUUCUAGAUUCAGGUGGCCGCUUAAGUCAACCUGACCAUUGCCCAAAUGAAAUAUAUAGGAUAAUGCUUCAGUGCUGGCAACAUGAACCCAAAUUGCGACCAAUGUUUACUGAAAUUUGUGCUAAUCUAAAAGCCAUUGAUAAAUUUAGUUUGAAGCAAAAUAUGCGCUCUGAAAUACUCAAUGAACAGUCAAAUGAUCAGAUAUGA